AUGACUACGUCACGUCCAAAGCCUUGGGAAACUGCCAACUCUACAGGCGGAACCACAGACAGCUUAGAUACAGACACGAAUGCUACGAUAAGCACAGAGAACUCCACGGCGCCUCCUGAGUUGCCCACCAGACCGUAUUCCUUAUCAACCAAUACAAUCAGCAACAUGUCCGGCUCCAGCAUACCUCCGCGCACGUCUCCGUACUACGGUGGCUAUGGCAAUUCAAGCUAUAGUAAUCCCAUGUACGGGAACAUGUACAACUCAUACGGAUCAUAUGGGUCGUCGAUGUACGGGUCCUUAUAUGGUGGGGGGAUGUAUGGUAAUCGCUACGGGGGCAUGAGCGGCAUGAGUGGCAUGAACGGGACGAUGAUGAACCAGGGGCUUGUGGGCUCGUUUACGCAGGGAACGGAGGCUACAUUUCAGUUGAUAGAGAGUUUGAUUGGUGCGAUUGGAGGUUUUGCUCAAAUGUUGGAGAGCACGUAUUACGCUACACACAGCUCGUUUUUCACGAUGAUAUCCAUGGCAGAGCAAUUUCAGCACUUGAAGAAUGCGAUGGGUUCCCUUUUGGGGAUAUAUGCGCUGCUGAACUGGGCAAAAAAGGCCUUGAGAAAAGUCAGAGGAGCCAAAUUAAAAAUCAGCGUUGACGAGUUCAAGAAACAGAUUGAGUCCAAUAAAAAAGACAAAGACGCCAAAAAGGAGAGAAUGUCUUUGAAACCGCUCGUUUUCUUCUUAGCAGCCGUGUUUGGGCUCCCGUACGUACUAAAGAAACUGGUCACUCACAUGGCUGAACAUCAAAGAGCUCUCUCACACGGACAGCCGGACCAGGGUGCGAUUGCUGGUCUUGCAGUCAACAGAAACCCAGAACCUAGCAUUGAUCCUAAAAAGCUGGAGUUUGCGCGGGCGCUGUACGAUUUUAACCCUGAGAACGAAGAGAUGGAACUCAGGUUGAAACGAGGAGACUUGGUGGCCAUACUGAAUAAGACUGAUAGCUGGUGGAAGUGCCGUACGCGGGACGGACGCUUGGGAUUUGUGCCUUACAAUUACUUGGAGUUGGUCAAGAGAACAGCUAACGCGGUCAAGUCGAUCGAAACGACGGCGAAGGCCGACGUGGAGGAGUUCAAGAAAGAUCAGAAGCUUUUGAUCUGA